AUGCCUCCCAAACAAGUAUCCUGUCCGGAACCACACGGCAGUCAAUCCCUCAGAAUCAUCCGCACCGCGCGAUUCGAGCUCGACCUCUUGCUCACCACGCUUGAAAUCGCGACCGAAACCCCAAAUUUUGAAAAAUAUGUUGUGGAUGUGUUCCGGAAAGUCGUGAGGCAGGGAGAGGAAAAUAUAGGUGGGCUUGCGCCGGAUCGGGAGUUCGUUGUGCAUGAGAGGGUGGUUAAAGUGGGGAGGUAUCGUCCGUUUGAUUUGCAUGGUGUGUUAAGAGAUGGAGAAAUUCGAGGCGGGGUUAGAGAUGACCGGCUUGUGGUGGGGGAGCUUGGACAUGAUGGUUGUUGCGGGUAUCAGUGCUCUGAGACGAUGUCGUUUGAUACUCCUGAGGGGUCUAUUGAGAGUUAUCCCGUAAGCUAUACUCGCUUGGAGGUGAGUGUAUCCCGGUCUGCUUUAAGCGAAGUAAACGAAGGCUGA